AUAUGUUGUGCUUAGCUAUUUAAAGUAUUGGUUUAUCUCCCUCCCACUCCUUUCCUCUCCUUUCCUCUCUGAUAGGCCAAUUAAUCCUAUUUAUCUGAAAUCGUGGAUUCCUAUUGUCGGUUGAGUAGAUCUAAACGAGGUUUUGUUUAGUUAAUUAUUGCUUGCAAAGGGAUUUCAUUCCUUCUUAGAGAAUGCAUAUAAAGAAGGACUGAGUAAGGAGCAACCAUAAGCUUUUUAUAUUAUGGAUAUGGAUUGUUUGGUUGAGAGGGUUUCAAAUGGGAGGAAAGGAGAGAUUGUCCAUUCGGCUUACCCAUCCGAAGAAGCCCAAUAUUGAGAAGCUGGACCAAGCAGCGUUUAUACCUCAUGUCGGCUGAUCCAAAAACGAUUUACCCUUUAUACCCUGGUAUUCAACGGUUCUUUUUCUCAUCUGUCUUUCGUCUUCGUCAAGUGCAAAGAAAGUCAGGGAUCACUGCUUGUGCGUUUCUUUUGUUUCAAGUUUUAAAAGUAUUUAUUUUACAUUGGAACAUCUGUAAGAAUUCAUAAUUUUUUGUCCGUUUGUAUUUUUAUAUGCAUUCUUUCAUAUAUAUAUGUUUCUAGAAAAAGCUGGAGUAUGAAAUACUAGCUACUGAUUCCAAAACCCAACUUUGUAACAAUGAGAGUGAUCUUGUUUAUUUCCAUUUUGAGGAGCUUUAAUCAAGAAUUGAAGUUGUGUUUGUAUUUUCAUGAUUUGUUUAAUGUUUGUCAUUUGAUUCAUUAUACUUUUAUUUUAAAAUUUAAUUUAUUCUUUUUACAUUUCAAAUAAUUUUUUUUCUUAAAUAUUUUUCUGAAAAUAAAUUAUAGUUUCAACAUUAUCACUAUUAGCAUUAUUCAAAUAUUAUAUAAUUGCUCAUGUCCUUAUGUGUCUUUUUACACUCAAAAAGUUGUUUCACAACAGCUAACUUUACCAAACAUUUAUUAAUUACAAUCUAACAUAACCAGCCAAUCAAAACAGCUAACAUAACCAGCUGUGAUCAAGCAGUCGUCAUAACCAGCUAACAGCUAACAGCUAACAGCCGAUUGCCAAACAAGACCAUUAUCAUAUGAAUAAUGGACUCGUGAAGUUCCAGUAGUAAAACAAUAAAUUAAGAACAUGGGCAUUAUCAAGAACGCGCAAUAUAGUAUAUAUCGAGUACAACAUACCAUCUAAAAUGUUUUUUUUUUUAAAUUCACGGGUUGCCUGCUUCUUGUCUGUGGCCGCCUGGCCGGUACGUCAAAAAAUAAAACAAACAAAUUAACAAAUGUACAGCCAAUCAUGCUCAGAUGAAAAAAAAAAAACAUGCAAGCUCCCAUUUUGCCCUUUUCUUCUUCCUCAUUCAAAUUCAAUUCUUUUCGGAAAUCGAAAAGUUAUCUGGAGUUCGGAGUCCAGCCCUGAUUUAGUGAAUUAGAGACCCCAUAUCUCUAAAAGAGAAAAGAAAAGACAGCAAAAGGAAUUCUUUUUUCAAUCACUAAACCUGGGAGAAGAGGGAGCUUUCUUCAUUCGUUGUUUAUUACUUGUUGAAGCGGAAACCAAAUGGGAGAGGAGAACACCUCAAAUUCCUCUUUAAACGAUUCACCCAACAAUAGCAGCUGUGAGACACAAGUCAUAUUGAACGUGUAUGAUCUCACCCCUAUAAACCACUACACCGUUUGGUUUGGAUUUGGCGUCUUUCAUUCUGGCAUUGAAGUUCAUGGAAAGGAAUAUGGUUUUGGAGCACAUGACUUCCCAUUCAGCGGAGUGUUUGAAGUAGAGCCUAAGAGGUGUCCUGGUUUUAUGUACAGAUGUUCCAUCCCACUUGGCUCUGUUAAUAAUUUGCCUCUCUCUCAAUUCCGAACUUUUAUAGAAAGUGUGGCUUCUGAGUAUCAUGGGGAUACUUACCAUCUCAUCUACAAGAACUGCAACAAUUUCACUGAUGAUAUAGCUAAAAGACUCUUAGGGAAAGGGAUUCCUGGAUGGGUCAAUCGGCUCGCAAGCCUUGGCUCUUUUUGCAAUUGUCUUCUUCCUGAAAGCUUUCAAGCAACAACAGUUAAACAGCUCCCAGAGUACCAUAUAUAUACAGAUGAAGAUGGGAGUGGCUCUCAAUCUACUCUUACGCCCCAUGAGCGAACAGAUUGUGAUGACGGAGAUCAAGAUAAGCACUUGUUGUCACCCUCGAGCGAGGGUCGUGGGGUAGCUUUCCUGAAGGAGGUUCCAAGGUAACAUGUUUGGGCAAAUUCGAAAUUUGUUGAGAAUCAAUACUUUCUACAGUUUGUGUACUGGCCAAAGGUGUAUUGAGCAAAUCAUUGGUAGCAGAGUUGUCAAUCCUUUUCAUAGGGGUGGGGGGUUGUGUGUGUACCAUUAUUAUUAUUUGUUGAAUAUGCUCACUUUCUGUAAGGGAAUGUGAAAUUGAGUUCAGCAUAAUCAAAAGUUGCCUAUUCUGUUGAUAAGCAGAAAGACUUGUUUGGGAUUUGCCGUUGCUGUUGGGGAAAAAGAAAGCCUCAUUGUAAAAGCAUUAUUGAAAAGUACUGUAAAGAAUUGGGGUUAGAGAAUGAUUUUGAGGAUUGUAAAAUAGAGGUUGAGAAGUCCCUAGUACAAUAAAAUAUUCCUGAAAAGGAAAGUCCCUAGUUCAAUACGAGCUGUUUGUAUGUGUUUUGCCGAAACUGCCAUGCGUUCCAUUGUCAUCAUCAUCAAUUCAUCAUGUAUUCAUGUGGU